AUGUCAUAUCUUUCGCCCCUCUCGGCCUCACGACAGAACAGGCGCGAUUUCUCGUCGCCUUGUUUCACUGGACGGAAGAGCGUCCAGGGCGCGGAGGAGAGCGAGAACCAGAACCAGACGGAGAAUAUCUUUACGAGUCCUUCGAAGCAGUUCAUGAACCAUGCAGAAAACGAUCAUCAACCACCACAGUACGAGAACGAUGGCCAGGUCUUCCAGGACGAGGAGGAGUCCGUGUACGAAGCCCCCAGCUCGCCAUUCCAGUUUGACGGACGCGACGACACGGUCGAUCUACAGAACAAGAUGAACUAUAGGAGGAAAUCUCUGGCUGUUCCUGGUCUAGAUACGUCGCGGAAACGAUCGUACGAUUCCAUUCCCGAGGAGGAGGAGCCGGAGGAAGGGCUGGACGCGGGGCGGUUCAAGAGAAGCAUGAGUCGGCAUGAGGAGGAAUCUGAGGAGGCCAAUGUUAUCCACACUGCUGCUGAGGUGCAACUGGACGUUGAACCCGACACUCAGAUUGAGGAUGAUAACGCUCAGAGGAUCGAGGUCCAGGAAGGACUGUUGGCAAAUAGCAUGGUGGAAGAACAACAUAACGAGGGAAUGAGUACGGUGCUGCACGGCGAUGCGGGCGAAACCAAGGAUAACGGCGACUCGAACUGCGGGAAUGAUGCGAUGUUGGAUAUUGAUCCUCGUGAGGUGUGUGAAACGAGCAUGGACGACACCUGCCUCAGUACCUUUUCUGCGGUGCCGAAUGUCGACAUGACGCUCUUUGCAAACCUGCGAGGGGGCCACGAUUCUCCAGCAAAAUCCGUGCGCGAGCGUCCCAUCAGCCCUGUCGAAGAUAUCACAUCUAUGACUCCCCAGACUGCCGGCAGGCAAUCCCGCAGCCGUGAAUUGUUUGAGAGCAAUACGCCGCUGGGUUCCCCUACACCCCGGAAGAGACCGAUCCGGGAUUCGAGUGUCCAACGGGAAUCGCUCAACCUGCUCGAUCUGACGGGCGAUAUGAGCUUUACUCCCCGGCCCCGGUACAGCAUGCAGAGUAAUCGCUACUCCCCGCGGCGCACGCCCAUGAGACCGGUUCUCGACCCGAACCGCUCGCCAUCCAAGCUGUCCCUGCUAGACUUUGAUAUUCCGCCUGUUCCAACCCCGCGUUCCAUCCCCUCUGUCACCCCUCGCGAGCUGGAGUCUCUCAAAUCGGGCUUUCUCUCUGAAAUUUCCUCCCUCAAGGCAACGCUAAGCGGCAAGGAGGCCGAGGUGGCAAGUCUCAAGCAAGCUGUGGCUGAUGCGGAGCGCCGUGUCGGAGAAGCGCUUGAGGAGGUGAGAAACGAGGCAGCCCGCAAGGAGACCCUGGAGAUGGAGCAGGCCGAGUGGGAGCGGAGAGGGCAGGAGAUGGAAACCGUGCUCCGCAACGUCAAGGCUGAAAUCGAGUCCAACGAGCAGGAGCGAGACCGACUCGCUAUCCGAGCCGAUGAGGCGGACAAGGCCAGGGAAGAGCUGGAGGGUCGCGUGGUGGAGCUGGAGAGUCAGUUGGCAGCCGCCCGCAAGUCGGCCGCCACGGCUUCUUCUUCUUCCUCCUCUACCUCCGCUUCUGAAUCAACAACAGAGUCGUCCAAGUCUGCCGAAGAUACUGCAGCAGAGAUCCAAGAAGCUGUCGAAAAGGUCGCCCGUGAGCUCCAUACGCUGUACAAGGGCAAACACGAAACCAAAGUAGCCGCGCUGAAGAAAAGCUACGAAGCACGGUGGGAGAAGCGCGUGCGGGAAGCUGAGAAGAAGUGGAAGGAGGCGGCGGCCGAGAUUGACCGUCUCAAGGCAGAUCUCGAGGUUGCCCAGCAGUCUAGCAGUACCAACAAGACCGACAACAACGACACCAGUAUGAUGAUGGCUCAUCUCCAUGAGGAGCAUGAGACGGAGAAGCACGUCCUGCAAGCCCAGAUCAAGGGUCUAGAGCAGGAGAUGAUCGCGCUGAAGAAUGACAGCGAGCAACUCCGGUCCGAGCUGAAGAUCGAGCGCGCCGAAAAGGGAGAGCUGGUUGCUGCCGUCGAUGAAUGGCUGGCGAUGCAGCAGCCACAGCAACCACAGCUGCAGCAGCAACAGCAGCAGCAGCAGCAGCGAGGAUCCGAAUCCCCCCAUCCCACCGCCGAGGAUGCACGAACAUCGCCAGGGCCCGAAGCUGUACGCGGCUACGCCCGCGGGAUCCGCCCCCCCAGCACUAGUUCUACGAGCAGUGUCGGAAGCGGUAACGGCACCGGCAGUGGUCCCACCGAGAAGAAGCUUUCCCGCUUCGGCGCCCCGGCUGGGGGACAUUCACGCGGCAACAGUGGGGGUCGGUCGGGCAUUGCGGUGUUCACGCCUGGCCGGAGCGGGAUCAUGGGGUCUAUCGAGCGGAUGGGAAGGGGGAAUGGCAAUUGA